UCCCUCACGUUAGUAGAACACUUUUCUAUCGAGGUAACCGCUUGAUACCGUAAUACUAUUAGCAUCUCGUUCUUCCAUGGGAGUGCCCUAGUGAUGUACCUUACGCGCGCCAUGCCUUCGCCACAGCCAGUUUGCCCGCCAACGCGUCCCAGCGACGCCGCGUCGCGAGUACCAUAGACAUUUUAGACAACCCGGAUACGUUCCCCGAUUCCCGCUUUUAAGAUGAGGUGGUUAAUCCUGCUGCUGGCGCUGGCCUCGGCCCGCGGGCAGGACACAUGCCAGUCCAGCACCGAACCCCAAUACCUGCUCUUCGGCACCAAGACCGCCUACAACUACGUCAACAGGAACUUGCCCAAUCUCAACCCGCAGAAUAUACCUGGAUGCCAGGCGAAAGCUAUCUGGCUGCUGAACCGGCAUGGUGCUACCAAUCCAGAGACGGAUGAACUGUCGCAGCUGCAGCACUUGACAGCCUUCCGGGACAACGUUGUGAAGAACUACCACAAUGGCUACAACAAGGAGCCCAGAAUGUGCCUCGGGGACCAAUCGCUGCUCGCUCGCUGGGCGUGGAACCCGCGGCAGAACCUAACGUUCGCCGGGGACCUCACGACCAACGGCUACAUGCGCACUGAGGAGCUGGCACAGAGCUGGGUUAGCCGCUAUCCUAGUCUUCUGACUGAUAACAAACACGAUUACUUGUUCAAGUUCGCGAAGGACAAGCGUUCCUCGGAAUCCUUCCACGCCUUCACUGCGGGCCUGUUCCGAUCGCGUCCCGAAGAUCUCGACUUGCCGCAUGAAGACGAUGAGAAACUGCUUAAGCCGGACAAAUUCUGCCCAGCGUGGAGCAGAGACAUCGGAGACAGCAAUGAGACCCUCAGGCAACGGGACAUCUUCGAGUCCAAGCACGAGUGGGCGGAGAUGGUGAGCAACAUAUCUUCGCGCCUGGGCUUCACCUACGACAUCGACCGUAGCAUCAUUAAGAACAUCUACCAGAUGUGCCGCUACAACAAGGCUUGGGACAUCACGCAGAUAUCGCCCUGGUGCUCGGCAUUCUCCCGCGAAGACCUCCGACGUUUCGAGUAUGCUGAAGACCUGGAAACCUUCUACAAGUAUGGCUACGGUUCGGAGACCAGCCCCAAGCUGGCCUGCCCAUUGAUCAAGGAUAUGAUGGAUUUCUUCAAUAAGCAUAUCAACGCAAAUGUUCCCCAACAGCCGGUCUCACAGAUCCUGUUCGGCGAAGCCCCCGCUCUGCUUCUACUGACAGGUGCCCUGGGCGGCCGCCGCGACGACGCGCCGCUCACCGGAGACAACUUCCACACGGUCCCCACGCAGAGCCGCAAGUGGAGCUCCUCUGCCGCCUCGCCUUUUAAUGGGAACCUUGCCGCUGUUUUGUACAAAUGCAAUCACAACGGCAACUUCGGUUACAAGGACCGGCACCAGAUCCUCUUCCUCCAGAACGAGCAAACCAUGGACCUGCCCUUUUGCAAGGUGGGCCUGUGCGAAUGGCCCGACGUCAAGGUCCGGCUGGGUGACAUCGCGAACAAAUGCAACCUGGACUUCUGCAGUGGAGCCGCGACUUUGAACAGCGUUGUGGCUUUAAGUGUAGGUUUGUUUGCGUUCUUUGUGAGAUAUCUGGUUUAAGUUGGUGAUUUCACUCAAGUCAGGUAUGAUCGAACGUAAUGUUAUGAGAGAGAGGUAGCGAAGCGCCCGUAUACUUAAAGUAAUGGGUACCAUUACAACAAAUCCACCUGAAUGAAGUCGCUUACACGCUAUUGACGGAUGGCGAUUUUAUAAACCGAUGGCAACUAAUGACCGCAACACCCUUGACCGUUAUAUUUCAGCAAAUAUUUCUGUGAUAUUAAAGAGAACUAUGCAACACGAAUAUUUGAGGAAAACGGUUUGUGUUAUCAAUGUGGCUAAGACCGUCUAAAAGCUAUUUCGUUGCUUUUAACUCUUGUUUGUACACAUACUCCACUUACAGAAGGUCAGUAAAGCAGAAGAAAUGAAGCUCUUCCUUUCUAACGUGUCUGUUUACCUAUAUGCCGGUCUUCUCCAUAUUGACCUUACCUAAAUGAGUAGCUAAUUAGCUAUCGGUGCACUCACUUAAGUACAAGUACACCAAAUACGCAUUUUCUAAGCUUUAGUAAAAUCUUUGACCAUGAACAGUUAGUAUGAUUAUUACGAGUAUUGUCAGCGUUUUGCAUAUGAGUUUUUUGAAGUAUUAAUUCCCAUAACUGUUAGCCCUUGCUAUUGUAUUGUUCGUAAUUAGCAAUUUACUAUGAAUCAAACAGUGACAUGCUUUCGGAUAUUUAAACGUUAGGAUUUUAACAGAAUAACUUUUUAGACUCGCCUAUCAAAGGAAGACAUUUUAUCAGUACCACAUUUUGUGUCAGUAAAUUCUUAUUUUACUUUAUAAGAACCUAAACGUAACUAAGUAAUUCAAUUAAACUAUCAUAUUAAAAAUAUUUUUGAGACAUUUGAAAUAAUGCUACUAGUUUUAGUGAUAUGGAACCACCUUUUGAAGUUUUAGAUGUUUAGCCGAAAAAACGUAAAAAGUAGGUAGCGUUAGACUAAGCUAAUAAAAUAUUUCAAACGUAUGAAAAACACUUGCACUGAGUAUGAUAUCAAAAUCGUUGCAGACUUUUCUUGGUCUAACUCUAUAUUUCUUGUCGUUUGUAUUAAUUUUAAAUAUCACACACACACACACAUCAGAAGUUGCUUAACGUGUGGGAAGUUCAAAAUGAUCCGCACAAGCUUUUAUUCUCAGUAAGUAAUCAGUGUGUUUAUUGCUGUCAUAGAUAUACAAGUUGGUCUCUUAACAAUAAAGUUGUGUUCAGGUAAUUUUGAAUACCUUGCCUGCUUGGCUCAUUCUGGUGUGACUGCAUGUAAUGUAGGUACAGUCGGGGACAUUCCCGGUGAACCAGUUCAGAUUUUUUUUACCUCGAUCCUUACGAGCGAGCUAAACUCCGCCUCCCAUAGAGAUAACCAAUUGUGAUGCAUUUAGGACUCUUUAUGUUAAUAAUGAAAAAGGUAAAAACAGGUAAUGAGACAAACAAUAGGUAUAAGGACAGUUUAUUAGUUGUUGUUGUUUAGGCUAAGCUUCGCCUCCCCAUAAAGAUAACCAAUUAGGAUGCAUUUUGGAUUCCUUAUCUUAGUUUGCAAAUGCCGGCCGUCACAAAGACAAUGGACGGCAAUAAACUCCACCUGAGCUAACCUUUUUUUUUCAACACCCAGAUUUUGAAGUGCCAUACUAUUGGUCAUCACUUUUAUGAUAUCGCCUGACCGUUUGCAAGAAGUUUAAACGAUUUUUGCUCUUAAGGUGGUUCACCGGGAAUGUCCCCGAUUGUACUAAGACAUCCUAGAUUUUUAGGCCACCCAUUGUCGCUUUAGUACUUAGAUAAUAGUUUUUGCUGUGAGAUUUUUCAAUAUUUUAAUAUCAUGCAUUUUAACUAUAAUUUGUGGUCGCUUACAAUGUAAUCAUAGGCUUUAUUAUUUUAAGCGUUUUUAGUUUCGAUUAAGUUUUUUAACGUUAUCUUUUGUAAAUAUUAAGAGCAGUCGCGAGUCGUGAGCGUAAUUAUGUGUAUUAGGUAUUUUUUACUUGUCUUAGUCUAUAGAUAUAGGUGGAUAAUUGUAUACAUAUAAACGCCGAUCGUGCCCAGUUAUAUCUGUUGUCCAUUGUUUAGCUAUGCUUAUGUUUAAUGUUAUUUUUUUUAAAGUAUGUAGUUUUCCCAAGCUUGUAUUUAAGCUGCAAACUUAGUGCGCUAAUCAUGUGCGAAAGCCGUGGAUGGACACGAACCGUGAACCAAUGGAAACACGAUGCUUAAAGUAAGGACACAGUACAUUGACCCGCCUGUUCCUAUCUCUAUCGCACGCGCAUUACUGUCUCGCCGAUAAUGCCGGCGGUCAAUAACACUGCGAGCGGUACAGUCUGGCAAAAAAGAGUAAAAAUUAAAAAGUGGCAACACUGUAGUGUCGUCCCGUUUUUCUUAGAUUGAUUUGAAAGAGACAACACUACAGUGUCGCCACUUUUUAAUUUAUACUCUUUUUUGCCAGACUGUACAGCAUUAUACUAUAAUUAUGCGUGUGCGAUAGAGAUAGGAAAUGGCGGCCCAAUCUUCGAAAUUAUUAGUUCUUAGCGACCUUACUGUAGUAAAGAUUUCGCUUAAGGUGCAGUAAGUUCGUGUUCUUCUCUCACUCUCACUAAGCGUAAGCGUGAGCGAGAUGGGAGUGCGUGCCCGGGAGCGCGGAUAUCAUGUUUUUAAUUUGAAUUUUUUGUGUUUUAAAAAUACGAGUAAAAAAAGUAAUCGCCGAGUUCCCUCAAGCAUAUCAUUGCUCAUUUUUUGAAAUAAUUUUCAUAUGUUUAGCUUUUGUGCAAAAUUUAUUAUAAUUUUUUAAGUGCAUUUUAGACCUAUGUUCGUGAUUUUUUAUUACCGAGCGAGAGUCAAAAUCUCAGGAAACGAAUCGGUGAAGUCCCUAGAGAAAGGCCUUAAGAUUGCUAAUUAAAUUUAUGGUAGCCGUGUUGUGACCCAAAAAAGCGCAUAGACUUUUUUAAAAUCCGGUUUCUUAACCUACUGCACCUUAAGACGUCACGGAUAAAAAAAACCGAUAAAGUUCGUAAACAACGCACGAAAUCAAGACUGUGCGGAUCCUCAUUCGCGCGCGUAGGUUUUGCGCUGUAAUUCACGCACUAAGUGUCCCCUCCACACUAAGCCUGCCUAAUGCCUUUAUUUAAAAUAAAGUAUUAAUAGGUACAAGUUCGGGCAAAUUACCUACUCUCAAGAUUAGAACCAUAGAUUAGUAUAUGUUAUUAGAACCAUACGACCGGUCUGGCCUAGUGGGUAGUGACCCUGCCUGUGAAGCCGAUGGUCCUGGGUUCGAAUCCCGGUAAGGGCAUUUAUUUGUGUGAUGAACAUAAAUAUUUGUUUGUGAGUCAUGGGUGUUUUCUAUGUAUAUAAGUAUGUAUUUAUGUAUAUAAGUAUGUAUAUCGUCGCCUAGCACCCAUAGUACAAGCUUUGCUUAGUUUGAUCUGUGUAAGAUGUCCCCUAAUGUUUAUUUAUUUAGAUCUAAUAGAUCUUAACAUGCGUUUAGUUUGAGAAUUAAUAUUUAUUGUUAUUGGAUAUGGAUGUCAUCACGUAAAAUCAAAGUUGUAUUUAUUUAGAUUUAGGGCCAAAAAAGGAAUUACAUAGUUGUUUGAAAUUCCGUAAAAAUAUAAAAAAACAGACAGAUUUAUAAAUUAUGGAAUUGGAGUAACAUCUGACUUUAUUACUGAUUUUCUAUACUUGAUUUUUUCUUUUUCGUUACGAGUAUUUGUUAUUUUUUUAGGGUUCCGUACCCAAAGGGUAAAAACGGGAACCUAUUACUAAGACUCCGCUGUCUGUACGUCUGUCAUCAGGCUGUAUCUCAUGAACCGUGAUAGCUAGAGAGUUGAAAUUUUCAUAGAUGAUGUAUUCCUGUUGCCGCUAUAACAACAAAUAGUAAAAACAGAAUAAAAUAAAUAUUUAAAUGGGGCACCCAUCUCCUAUACAACAAACGUGAUUUUUUGCCGUUUUUUGCGUAAUCGUACGGAACCCUUCGUGCGCGAGUCCGACUCGCACUAAGCCGGUUUUUUAAUAUUUGAAUAAUUACUUUUUUAAUAUUUGUCUUUUUAUUAUUACUUAUAAAGCAUUUAUAUAACAAAUGUUAAUACAAAUAACUAAUAUUUUACAACAGUUGUGUCCUAAAAAUGUUACGAUUAUUUUGUUCCAUAUUUUAUGAGAAUGUUGCACCAAAUAGAUAAAGAAAUAUAUUUACUUAUGAAUGUUUUUAGAGAUUAAGGAAAACAAAACUUAAUAUUUAUCGAAUCUAAAUCACAAGUUAACAAGCAUUAUGGAUGUAUAGUUUGUUAAAUAAAAUUGUUUAGCUUAAGUAGCUUCUUAGGUAAACAAAUUUCAGGUAACACAAGCUAUACCUAUAUUCAGGGUGUUAUAUUUUAAACGAUUAGCAAUUACCUAUGGCUAAUAGUUUGAAAGACAUCUUGAUUGAUUUUCUUUUCGCAUAGACAAGAGUCCAUUUUUGGAUUUAUCCAUUUUCGAACAUUUGAGUCUCUGAAUAAAAUGUAAAAUAAACACGGUACCUACAGAUGUAGUACAUAGUGCAUAAUGCAUAAUUGCUUUACAUCGUAUUUUCUCGGAAACGGUCGUAUUUGUCAUGCUACUUCAGUCAACGUCAGUACUUUUUGUACCGAGACUGACUAAAAUAGCAAGAGACGUUCGUACGUUUCCGUGAAAAUACGAUGGAAAAUAAUUAUGCACUACAUCUGUACAUGUAUGACCCAAUGUUCGACAACAUAUUUCCAAAAUGGCUGGUAUUACCUUGCUUAGUGAGCUUACGCACAAGUAUAGUUAGCAGCAAAUAGCAACAAUAGACAAUCAAACAAAUUGUGAAUAAAUAAUCUAAACACUUGGUUUUAGAAAGAUAAAAUCAUUAGUGUUUGGUUUAGUAUCAUGUUACUUUAUCGUAAUCAUGUAUUAUAUUGCUGAUGACUAUACGGAAGUUUGAAGUAAUCUUAAUUCUUACCCAUCAAGUAAUGUUUUAUUAGUAAGGAAUCAAUGUUAUUGUUCAAAGCAGAAAUAAAUAACUAUUUGUUACUAAAUUUUCUUUCUAUCUACCCUUUUGAGUAAGUAUUAAACAAUUAUAACAUUAGAAUUUAAUUUAUCGUGAGACAGCUUUGUUAAUUUUUCGGUUUCACUUACGCAUUUAAAAAAAAUACGUGAGUGAAACCGUGAAAGAAGUAGUGGCAGGCGACGUCCAAGGUGCGGUAACACACCCACCGCUGAACAGCUGUCAGGCGCCUGUAUUAAUUAAUAAUGAUUUAUGGUAUAUGGUAGUGAUAAGACCGCCUGUUGUUACCUCUAUCCAAUUGUCUUUGUUUAUGUUACUGUACAUUUAUUGUAAACUAUGUGAGGUGUGCAAUAAUAGUAGAUUGUACCACAAGGGCAAAAAGCCAUCCAUUUUUAUCCGGGGCAAUUUAUUCGAGGACAUUUAUGCCUG